CUGGUAUACUCAGCUCCGGUGGAUUAAUCUACCAAUCAACGCGCUCCUCAAACAAAAGUCACAUCUUCAACUUCCUAGCGGGAAGCAGCUAUCGGGAACUGUCCAUAGGCAGCAGGAAUCACUGGUAGAUACAGCAGCCGAUCACAGGAAGAUGAAGCUGCCCCGAGCUGAAUAUAAGGAGAUCGUGAGGUGGACUGAACAUCUGAGACCCACCCGCCAAUGUAUGAAGAUGCUCAAGGAAAGGUUCCCAAAUCACUCGCAGUCCACUCUUCUGAGCAUCUUCUCCCUGGAGUACCAGAAACGAACCAAAAGAACAAUCUCAAGACACCAUGCCCCAGAUGUUAUUGAAAGCCACUACCAAAGGUAUCUAAGUGAAGGCAAGGCACAUCCCACUGCUCCCGUCCUGCUGGAGUUGGCCAAUGAGGUGGAUCUGUCUCCUGCACUGAUGGCUCGUAUCAUCCUGGACAGGUUCCUUCAGGACCUGGAGGGUGGAAUGCCCUCUAAAACAGUCCUCAACAGCAUGCUUAAGGAGCCAUCAUUAAUUCCAGACCAAAUUUUGGCCAAUAACAUCUACCAAUGCACAAUAAAUGACUGCUGUUAUGGACCGCUGGUAGACUGCAUCAAACACGCUAUUGGCCAAGAGCAUGAGGUGCUGCUCCGUGACAAGCUAAAGGAGAGGAACCUUUCCUUUCUGGAUGAAAACCAACUGAGAGCUAUGGGCUAUGACAAAACACCUGAUAUCAUCCUGGAGGUUCCAAUUGCUGUGGAGGGACGCAUUGUACACUGGAUCGAGAGCAAAGCCUCAUUCGGAGACGACCACAGUCAUCGAACCUAUCUCAAUGAGCAGUUCUGGAGCUACUGGAACAGGUUUGGGCCAGGCCUCGUGAUCUACUGGUAUGGUUUUAUAGAAGAACUGGACUGCCAGAGAGACAGAGGUAUCCUGCUCAAAGACUGCUUCCCUACAGACAUUGUCACCCUGUGCCACGCCGCCCAGCAGGACCAACUGCCACAAGAGCCAGAAUAAGGACAAAGAGUGAGAAAAGAUGAGAAGUGGAGCAAAAAAAAAAAAAAAAGUAAAGAUGGGAGGAUGAAUGGAAGGAAAGAAAGAGGAAGACAAGGAGGCGGGAAGGGUAGGAACACUGAACUAUACAGGGGUGGAUACUUAUAUCCGGAAGCAAUUUGGUUUUCCUGCAGUGCGAGACUAUUGGCAAAAAAUCUGCCCUGAACUCCACCUGACCCUCUGUCUCUGUCUGUCUCUCCCUUUCUUCCUCUCUUUCAAUGCCCCAAAGCUACCGCAUGUAAAUACACACCAGCGCUCUGUAUAUCUGACAGCACAGGGUCAGAUUCAUACCUGUGUGUAAAAACACAGUCUUGGAGGCUUUCCUGGUCGUGGUCAGCCCCUGGCCCAUGGAUGGCCUCUCACAACGGACAGCCAGGGUAAGAGCCGGGGGGCCAAAGCAGGACAUAAGGCCCUUCCUUAUCACACCCAAAGCCCUGGCCUUUGUCACUCUUUCCUCCUCCGUUCCAUAGGCAGAUAAGCGAGGUGCGGUCCGGGUGGACGCCUGUCUCUCACCUGCGUCACUCAGUGCCCUCUCACUCCCUCUCCAGGGGGGUAAACAGGAUCAUUUCUGAUUAAAGCUGGCCUCACUGUGACCUUUUUCACUUCACAUCAUAAAAUCUAUUGAGGGUUGGAGCAAGGGUUCACACCGCCAACUAAAUUUCAUAUCAAAAUUAUUAUCAACACAUUGUAUCCACUUGUGUCAUGUGAAUUAUCCUAAUGACCUAUAAUUAAGUAACCAUAAAUUAAUUGACAUUGAAAUUCUCACACAGUUCUCACUAAUCUCAUGUGCCAAGGAUUCUCCUGGGCUUCUUUCCGUGGUGUUGAUUACAGGAAAGGUUGAGUCAUAUGUCAGAUAUUCCAAAUCACACUUAGUCUGCACAGUGGUUAAUGAUGUAGUUAAUCAUUAGUCAACAAAACAUCAGAAAAUCACAAAAAUGACUGUCACAGUUUCCCAACCAAAGAUUCAAAAAGCCAAAGAUAUUCAGUUUGCACUGGGGCUACUGCUGAUAAAUCAAAGACAAUAAGUAAAUCGUUAUAUAUAAGCGACUAAUUGUUUCAGCACUGAUCACAGCUCACAGAGUUAUUUAUAAACCUAGUCUGUAAUGAAUGUGUCCUGUGCUGCGUUAGCUAACAUUUGCUAAUCUCAACUGGCAAGCGAAGGAGCCUGAAGUUACAGUGCUCUCCACACAAGAGAUUAAAGCAUCUGUUGAGAGAGAAAGGAGAAAGAGAGAGAGAGAGAGCUAAGGUCACAGUCAAAUAAAAUACAAAUUAAUUAGCUCUGCUUCACCUCCAUGGGUGCACUGUAGGAUUGCAAAAAAAUUAGGUCCUUGUUGUGCUCUAUCCCACAUUUUACAUUCUGAGAACAUUUCUGUUGUACAGUACAAUUUUGUAUCUGUGUUUAUUGUUAAUAAAUAAGUUUUGAUACAUUG